AUGGCUAUAGCUAUAGACAGAGUCGCUGCGGUUUUGUUAGUUGAUAUGCGGGAUGAUCUUGGAGGAUCCUACGAUGGCGUGCGAGAAAAAGGCUUUCGAACAGCAAUCGUGGGAAAUAAAAUGCUUGCUGAGCAGUGGAAAAAGACGCACAAAGAGGUGGUAGAAGAAAUUCGGGCAGCGAUUACUUACAACUUCGCCGAGCAAAUCAUUUCGCCAGGGAUUAAUCUCCUCUUAGGCUCGCGAUCACAAGAUGUUUGGGAGAAGCGCUUCUCUCGUAAAAAGGUCGAAGUUUUGCAUAGAGUCUUGAAGCAAACCGAAGAAGGCCGAAUCGUGCUGAGCCGCGCAAAAGACUUGGAUGACGCUGUCAUCACUAUCAAGUGUAUUCUCAGCAUCCACAUCGGAUACAAAUGGCGCUGCGCGAAAUAUGCAUCGCUAAAUACUCAAGAAAGCGGCGAGAUGCUAUUCAAAAAGCUACAGGGCCAACUAUCGACGCGAACGACAGACAUGCGACAAUUGGAGAGCACCUUGUAUUCUACAUUGGACAAGUCGACGCCCGAAAGCGGACAAGUCACCGAGAUCUCAAGAGAGAGUUUAGACUUUUUCGUUUAUACAUCUAUUCCGACAUCUAAUAGUGGUGUAUUUACGGAGAAAAGAAAGGGAUCAGUGUUGUCAGACCACGACCAUCCUUCCAAGAAACAUCGAUAUUCGCUCGGGCCAACUUCUUAUACGUCGCAUAUAAUCGAUGGACUGCCAUUGGCGGUCCGACCUAUAACAGGCCAAGAACAAAAUGAUAGGAGAGCAUCAUCCGCAGAUAGAGUUGAUAGGUCACUCAACUCUCUCUCUCAAAGUUCUCCGGAAGACCACCAAAUGCUUGACCCAGCAGAAGAGGACACUAUCCAAUCCGGUUUGGAGAAUACAGAGAUGGGCAGAGAAGGUCAGAUGGAAUUUCAGACACGGCUAGCCCCUGGAAAUCAAGAUCCUGGGAACUCCUUGAGCUACGAAUAUGGCGAACAAUGGGGAAUCACCGAGGACGUUAGCACUUUGGACGAUAUCCUCAGUCUCAGUUGGUGA